CAUAGAAGAAGAAGAAGAAGGUGAAGGAUGAAGAAGAGAGCAGAGUUAGUGUUCUUCCCAACCAUGGGAAUCGGUCACCUUGUUCCAAUGAUGGAGUUUGCCAAGGGUCUCCUCGACCGAGACGAUCGUUUCUCCAUUACCGUUCUUGUCAUCAACAGCCUCUCUGCUUCAGACUUCACCUCUUACACCGAUUCGCUCGCCGAUUCCCUUCCUCGGCUCCGAUUCAUCCAUCUCCCAAACCUUGACCCGCCUCCUUCAUCAUCCAAUCUCCGAACCCGAGAGAGCAUCGUGUCUGUACUCGUAGAAACCCAUAAACCACUCGUCAAGCAAACAAUCAGUAAUCUCUUCCUCUCCGACUCAGACUCUCAAUCCGUUCCAACUCGGGCUCCACUCGCAGGGUUAGUCAUCGAUAUUUUCUGCACCACCUUGAUCGACGUUGGCAAUGAACUCGGUGUCCCUUCCUACAUCUUCUUCACCUCCACUGCUGGCCUGCUCGGUCUCUUCCUCCACCUCCCUGAACUCCACAACCAGAUCGACACCGAUUUUAAAGACUCGGUCACAGAGUUGAGUAUUCCGAAUUUCACUAACCCAGUUCCCCACUCUGUGUUGCCGUUGCCACUGUGGAGCAAAAAGAACGACGGCUACGACUGGUAUGUCUACCACGGCCAAAGGUUUAAAGAAGCGAAGGGUAUUAUCGUAAAUACAUUCGCCGAGCUCGAACCCACCGCGCUCAACUCGUUCUCCGGCGGUCGAAUCCAGGCACCGCCGGUGUACCCGGUUGGGCCGUUAAUUGAUCUGCACGGUCAGGUUCACAAUCAGACCCCGUUGGAAGAAAGCAUCAAGAGGUGGCUGGACGAUCAGCCACCAUCGUCUGUGGUUUUCCUGUGCUUCGGAAGCAGGGGAAGUUUCGGUGCAGCGCAGGUGAAGGAAAUUGCCCUUGGGAUUGAGCGGAGUGGGCACCGUUUCUUGUGGUGCCUACGUCGGCCACCGGAGCAGGAUAAGCUUGCGUCGCCGACCGAUUAUGAGAACACCGGGGAGGUACUGCCUGAGGGAUUCUUAAAUCGGACGGAGGGAAGAGGGUUGGUGUGCGGGUGGGUUCCACAGACGGCAGUGCUGGCCCACCGUGCGAUAGGCGGGUUCGUGUCUCAUUGUGGGUGGAACUCGAUAUUGGAGAGCUUGUGGUUUGGUGUGCCAAUUGCAGCAUGGCCUUUGUAUGCGGAGCAGCAUCUGAAUGGGUUUGAGAUGGUAAGGGAGUUGGGAGGGUUAGUGGUGGAGUUGAGUUUGGCUUAUAGGGGAGGAGAUGAUUUGGUGACGGCAGAGGAGGUGGAGAGAGGGGUGUCGCGUUUGAUGGAUUCCGAUUGUGAGGUGAGGAUGAGGGUCAAGGAAAUAAUGGAGAAGAGAAAGAGGGCUUUGAUGGACGAUGGAUCUUCAUUUACUUCUCUUGGAUGCUUUAUUAAGGACGUAAUGGGAGAGAGCUGAAGUGGGAUUUAGGACUGAAGUGGGAACCAGCAAGAGAU